AACACUUUGACAAGUAGUCAAAUUUUUUAUCAGUAACUAAAUUUAAUUUGAUUUAUUCGAGUAUAUUUGUACAAAAAAUGACUUCGACAAAUGUUUUUAGUGGGAUGGGGAACAAUCGAAGUUCCAGCAGGGUUCUGAGACCACCAGGAGGAGAGUAUCAUGACAUUUUGGGAUUAUCAAACGCAGCAGAAAUAUCAAAAACACCAGGACAUAAAAGCAGGGAAAGCGAUGAAGUUGUCAAAGAAAAGGUUAACACUGAAACAAAAACUGAAAAAGUAGCCACAGUGAAAUCUGAAAACCAAAGACGAGUUCGUGUACCUCCAGGAGGUUUUUCUUCCGGCUUGUGGUAAAACAAGCCAUAAUAUAGUUUUAGAUUGUUAUAGUUUUAUUAAAUUUUAUUUAACAUUUUCAAAUAUAUAAAAAAAAACAUAAA